ACCCGUUUCGUGAACGGCGUAACGAAAUAUAGCAAGUUUGAAUCCAUCUUAAUUCAUGAAUCGCAUAAGUUUUUCUUGAGUUAGGUAAACCUGGUAUUGUCCUAUUGGAGGGAGAUAGUGGAUUAGGAUGGUAAAGCAGAGAGAGGAUCAAGCUAGUGCAGCACCAAGAAACUGGCCAUUUGCCCAUUUUUGCUGUUGAUCGUGGAGAAUUUCGAAAUCAAUGAGCAGUGAAUAAGCACCACCUCCUUUUUUUUUCCUUUAUUCCUUCCCCUCUCUCCCCUUUUUUUUUAAUGGUCAAAGCUCCUUUGAUUAUGCUAUCUUCGAGAAUCCAUCUAUAGUCAAACCAUUGUUAAUCUCCAAGAACCUCACUCGCCGUUGAAUUUCGAUCGAGACGCACAUGAAAAGCACCCACCCGGCUGGAAAAAAGAGGCUUCUGUUCCAUCCCUCUGCAAAUUUGUGGUCGACGUCUCUUCUCCAGAUCUCUCUCGUUCCCAAAGUUUCCAUUUUCACGCGUAGAAAUCACGCCCAUAAAGCCAACCGUCACCCAAGAACGCCAUUCGCUCUGCCUCUCAGGAAGGGUCCUUUUCGUUCGGUAUAAGCUGGUCCGGAGGCUUUGCAUAAAAAGCUUUCUGGCCUACCAUCGUCAUCAAUGAAGCGCUCGUCGGAUCUCACGAUCUUGUUUUGGGUUGCAUGGCUUGUUACGGCAGUCGCUGCGGUGGAGGACGAUAUCCAGUGCCUGCAGGGCCUCAAGGCCUCGCUUGGCGACCCACAAGGGAAGCUGAGUUCUUGGAGGUUCGCGAGCUCGUCGGUCGGGUUCAUAUGCAAGUUCGUGGGCGUUUCUUGCUGGAACGACCGAGAGAACCGCAUACUCAGCCUCGAGCUCCGGGGCAUGGACUUGACAGGGCAGAUUCCGGAGUCGCUGCAGUAUUGCCGGAGCUUGCAGACCUUGGAUCUCUCCAACAAUGGCCUCUCUGGUAAUCCUCCUCAAAUAUGCAGGUGGCUUCCUUACUUGGUGACUCUUGAUCUGUCGAGCAAUGGCCUUUCGGGCUCUAUACCACCCGACCUAGUGAACUGCACUUACUUGAACAAUCUUGUACUGUCGAAUAAUCGCCUGACCGGCACUAUACCAUAUGAUUUUUUGACUCUGAGUAGGCUCAAGAAGUUCUCGGUCGCGAACAAUGAUCUGAAAGGGACGAUCCCUUCGUUCUUUAAGGGGUUUGAUAAAGCAAGUUUUGAAGGGAACGAUCUCUGUGGAGGGCCUUUAGGGAAGUGUGGUAGGUUGAGCAAGAAGAACCUGACGAUCAUCAUUGCUGCCGGGAUUUUUGGUGCCGCUGCAUCUCUGUUGCUUGGUCUUGGCCUAUGGUGGUGGUAUCAUCUGAGGGUUGUGAGGAGGAGGAGGAGGAGAAUGUAUGGGAUUGGGAGAGAUGAUGAUAGUGUUUGGGCUGAGAGGCUUAGGGCUCAUAAGCUUGUCCAGGUUUCUCUGUUCCAGAAGCCGAUUGUGAAGGUCAAAUUGGCCGAUCUAAUGGCCAGCACGAAUAAUUUCAGCACGGAUAAUAUAAUUAUAUCCACUAGGACUGGAUGCACUUAUAAGGCUGUACUACUAGAUGGAUCCGCACUGGCGAUUAAGCGGCUCAAUACUUGUAAGCUCGGGGAAAAGCAGUUCAGGUUGGAGAUGAACCGGUUGGGACAACUGAGGCACCCGAAUUUGACGCCCCUUUUGGGGUUUUGUAUAGUGGAGGAAGAGAAGCUGUUGGUUUACAAGCACAUGUCGAACAGCACUCUUUACUCUUUGCUGCACGGAAGCACUGUUUUAUUGGAUUGGCCAACUAGGUUCCGGAUUGGUUUAGGCAUCGCUAGAGGCCUCGCUUGGCUUCAUCACGGGUGUGAUCCGCCCUUCUUGCAUCAAAACUUGUGCUCCAACACGAUCUUCAUCGACGAAGACUUUGAGGCUCGAAUAGUUGAUUUCGGCUUAGCGAGGCUCAUGACUACCUCAGAGUCCAGUGGGAGCAGUUUCGUGAAUGGUGAUUUGGGGGAGUUUGGUUACAUUGCUCCAGAAUACCCAAGCACCAUGGUUGCUUCGAUGAAGGGGGAUGUUUAUGCAUUUGGUGUGCUGCUUUUGGAGUUGGUAACUGGGCAAAAGCCUCUCCUGGUGAACAACCCUAAUGAAGAAUUCAAGGGUAAUCUAGUGGAUUGGGUGAAUGUGCUCUCUAGCACCGACCGAAUUAAGGAUGCUGUUGACCAAACUCUCUGGGAACACGGCUAUGAUGGUGAAAUUCUGCAGUUCUUUAAAAUUGCUUGCAGUUGCAUAAAUUCUCGACCCAAGGACCGAUGGUCCAUCUACCAGGCUUACCAGUCAUUGAAGAGUAUGGCCGAAGAGCAGGGUAUGACGGAGCAAUAUGAUGAGUUUCCUCUCAUUUUCUUGAAGCAGGAUAACGAGUGGAUGUAGCUAAAGAGGAAAGAGUCAAAGCUUGAUCCAAUUUUCAGGCUUCAGUUCCCAUGGAAAUUCCUAAGUAUUUGGUGAAACUUCAAAAACAUUCCUCAUGUAAAGUUGGCGCAAUCUGCAUCUUCAGCAGCAUAUGUAAUUUUUCUAGACGAUGAAAUAAGCUAUUUAGCUCUUGGUUCUUGCAUUUAUCAGGAGCAUAUGAAAUUUCUGACUCUUUUUAUGUGUGGGAAGAGGAUUAAGAAUAGAAUCCACUUCAUCUUUUAUGGGUUCCCCUGUUUAUUGAUCCGUAGUACACUGCGGUAAUUAACAUU